GGUGAGGUUUUUUGCAUGCACCGGCUUGCUUAUAAAGUGGCAUGGAAGUAAAGGCGAUCAAACUGUCAUCCUAACAUCUGCUAGCUUGGUUAGAACUAAUGGAGAUAAGAUCGAUGAGGACUUGAGGAUUGAGGUGUUUCUCCCUCCAGAACCGAAGAUUGGCGGGAGAUUGGAAUUGUAUCAUGAGAAUUAUAACAUUGCCAUAGUUAGUGUUGAGAGUCCUCUCAAUGGUAUUUCUCCAAAUGAUAUCUUGAGACCACUGGGAAAACCGAAGUCACAUGAAGUGGUAGUAGCUAUUGGACGUAAUCCUAAUGAAGGAUUAUUAAUGGCCUCAAAGGAUGAAGUGGAGCAUAGAUACAAGCGUUGCAAGCUUAAGUGCAAGGCCCUUAAGCUGUCAAGUUGCCGAAUCAAGAAGGCUGGUAUUGGAGGCCCCCUUAUUGAUUUUGAUGAUGGGAACUUUGUUGGCAUGAACUUUUAUGAUGGAAGUACAACAACUCCUUUUCUGCCGAGGAGCACUAUUCUAAGAGUCUUAAACAGCGGGGUUGAUCUCCCGUCCAAUAGAGGGUUGAACAGUCCCAUGAGCUUGAUGAAUACUGCUGCAAAUAAAGACCAGUGGCCUGUGCCAGAGACAUAUUGGUAUCAUGGUGAACUUGAGAUGGAUAAGAGUGUUCUACCCCCGCAUGUGGGAAGAGUUCCCCAGUAAAGAAACCCGUGGAAGUGCAUGCCUUUGGAAUUUGGAGUACUCUGUAUAAUAUCGUCUAUAAUUUAGAGGACCUGUACAUAAAAUUGUGCUAUUUAGUUACCUCGUUCCAUCGAAUAUGCAAAAUGUUAUUGGAUUUGCGGACUUGUGUAUCCUGUAUAUAACAUUGAUACUAGUCGUGUAAUGGUUUGCAGAACCGAUGUGUUGAUAAAGUGAUAUAAGUGACAAAUAGAUGAA